AAUUUUCUGUUUCCAAUCUUACUACUCUUUUCCCCUUAAUCAUUUUUUUUAUAAUUUUUAUAAAAAAUAAACUGCAAGUGAAUAAUGUGAUUUUUCGGACAAAAAAUGGAGUUUGUCCAAAGUCUUUGUGGGUGUAUUUUGCUGACUUAGAGGUCAUGAAAAUUAAUGUGAACGUACUUUGAGGCGGCAAUUAUCAUAUAAAAAGAGGCUUUAUGCGUUGUUGACCAUGUAAUGUAAUGUAACAUAUAAUAAGUCUGCUUCAAGUUGAAGUGGUCAUCAACAUGAUUAUUAGCAAUGGCAGUGAAGAACCAAGAAAGCCAGAGGGAAAAUUCAAAGCAAUGGUAGUUUGUUUCAUCCUAGGACUUGGUGUCCUUGUUUCAUGGAACAGCAUGUUGACCAUAGGAGAUUACUAUUACCAAUUGUUUCCAAAAUACCAUCCUUCAAGGGUACUUACAUUGGUUUAUCAACCAUUUGCAAUUGGAAUAAUGCUAAUAUUGACAUACCAUGAGUCAAAGAUCAAUACUAGAUUGCGGAAUUUGGCUGGAUACACUCUUUUCUUUGUUAGCAUUUUCUUGGUUCUUAUUUUGGAUCUAGCAACAUCAGGGAAAGGUGGACUUGGACCUUACAUUGGUGUUUGUCUGCUAUCCGCUUGUUUUGGAGUCGCCGAUGCUUUUGUCGAAGGCGGCAUGGUUGGAGAUCUGUGUUUUAUGUGUCCUGAGUUUAUGCAGUCUUUCCUUGCUGGUAUGGCAGCAUCAGGUGGUCUAAUUUCUUCACUCAGAAUGCUGACCAAAUUAGCUUUCGAAAAAUCUGACAACGGCCUUCGCAAGGGAGCUAUACUAUUCUUUGCAAUCUCUACAUUCAUAGAGUUUGUUUGUAUUUUCCUGUAUGCAAUCUACUUCACCAAGUUGCCAAUAGUGAAAUACUACCGUUCAAAAGCAGCCUCAGAAGGAUCAAAAACUGUUGCAGCUGACUUAGCUGCUGCUGGCAUUCAAACAAACACUAAUGAUCAAAUUGGUGAUGAUAACAAACAAGUGAAAAGGCUGAGUAACAAACAAUUAUUUCUUGAGAACAUUGAUUAUGCAGCUGACUUAUUUUUUAUAUAUUCAAUAACACUAUCAAUCUUCCCUGGAUUUUUGUAUGAAAAUACUGGACAACAUCAAUUAGGCACAUGGUACCCAACUGUUUUGAUUGCUAUGUAUAAUGUAUUGGAUGUCAUAGGAAGAAAUAUUCCCCUUGUGGAAUGGUUAAAGAUGGAAUCAAGGAAGGGUCUAUUGAUAGCAAUCCUUUCUAGAUUCUUGUUGAUCCCAGCAUUCUACUUUACUGCAAAAUAUGGUGACCAAGGAUAUAUGAUCUUUCUUGUAUCAUUCUUGGGACUCACCAAUGGUUAUCUCACUGUCUGUGUUAUGACAGUGGCACCAAGAGGUUACAAGGACAUAUACCCUCUCUUGAUCAACUCUUCUUCAUUAACAUUCCUUAAUUUCAAGUUUGAAGGUUUUUCAGCUUCUCAUGCCAACCUUUUAGGCCUUCUUUAUUUAUUUUUUUGUCUUUGGUGGAAAAAAAUAACAUGUUUACCACAAAAUGAUGUUGCUGUUGAAAUUUUAAUUAGUUGCACAAAAUAUUUUCUUAUUGUUAUGUAAUAAAACUAUAAUUAU